CUCGGAGAGCUUUUCAAAGAACUACAUUUCCCGCGUUGCCUCUGUCACUACCGAAGAACUACGUGACUCAAAGCACGCACAACUUGUGAUAUUGUUUUGAUAAAAGUCCACAACUAUCAGCGGGCUGGACACACAGAGAGGACAGAGGUCUCUACUACAAAUGGCCACGAUUGUCUUCUGCUCGCUAAACAAGACGGCUCAGACCACAGCGAGACGAUGCUCCAUGUCACAUUUAAAGAGGCUGGCUAGUUCACGGGGUUUGCAUUUGCCAGUGACACUCCUUCCGGGUGCAAGAUGGUUUUGCAGGGGCUCCAGCGUGCGGUUCAUGUCCCAGGGGACCGCAGGCAGGUCUGCAGCCGGGAGAACCAGGAGCGGAGCCCUGGCGCUCACUGGAGCCGCAGCACUCACAGCAGCAGCGGGGGCGGUGGUGGUGGGGUUGUUAGCCAAUGCAGACCACUUCCAGCGUGCAGAGAUGGCAACCAAGGUAUCUCCAGUGGCCGAGCAAGAGGGGGAUAUCUUGGAGAGAUGCAGAGGGUUCAUGUCUCCUCCGGUGACCGACGUCGGUGUGCUGCAGCAGAGGAAAGAGGAGAUGAGGACCAGGAUGGAGAUGUUGAUCAUGCAGACGCAGGCUGACUUCUGCAACGCCCUGGAGAAGGUGGACGGCGGGACGUUCAAGGUGGACAGGUGGAAGAGAAAUGAAGGUGGCGGAGGAAUCAGCUGUGUGAUGCAGGAUGGAAAGGUGUUUGAGAAGGCAGGAGUCAAUGUGUCUGUGGUGUUUGGAAACCUGACCGAGGAGGCUGCCAAGCAGAUGAGGAGCAGAGGGAAAGUCCUCAAAGGGAAAGAUGGUAAGCUGCCAUUUUGUGCCAUGGGUGUGAGCUCCGUCAUCCACCCCAAGAAUCCCCACAUCCCCACAGUGCACUUCAACUACAGAUACUUUGAAAUCGAGGAGGAAGAUGGCACCAAGCAGUGGUGGUUUGGUGGAGGCACAGACCUGACUCCAGUUUAUGUCAAUAAAAAAGAUGCCUUUCACUUCCACAACACCCUGAAGGAGGCCUGUGACAAGCACCACCUGCAGUAUUACCCCGACUUUAAGAAAUGGUGUGACCGAUACUUCUACAUCCGGCACCGAGGAGAGACUCGGGGUAUAGGAGGGAUCUUCUUCGAUGACCUGGACACCCCGAGUCAGGAGGAAGCAUUCAACUUUGUCAAGAGCUGCGCCCGAACUGUGGUGCCCUGUUACCUGCCCAUUGUCUCCAAACACCUCAAUGACUCCUUUACUGACGAGGAGAAGGACUGGCAGCAGGUACGACGAGGACGGUACGUGGAGUUCAACCUGGUGUACGACAGGGGAGUGAAGUUUGGCUUGGCCACGCCUGGCUCCAGAAUUGAAAGCAUUCUCAUGUCCCUCCCCCUCACUGCCAGGUGGGAGUACAUGCACGAGCCUGCCAAAGGUACCCUGGAGGCUGAGAUGCUGGAGGUUUUACGAAACCCCAAGGAGUGGGUGUGACCAGUGUUUACAGGUUCAAAUGGACAAAACCUCCAGGAAUCCGUCUUUGUUGUGUUUUAUAAUGAUGUGACCUGUUUGACAAGGUCAGCAGCAGUUAAUACUGUUUACCAAAAUGAUAUUACAUUGCACUUGCUUGAUACGUUUUUUAUUCUGCAAUGGUACUUUUCUCUCCUUCCUGUUUUUUAUGCCUUGUCCGUCAGCCUUGAAAACACUUAAUCAUGGGAUUGUAUUAGUGCUGGGGGCCACAGGUGGUAAUUGUACCUGAUUUAAGGUCAUCUCACAUUGAUGAUGUGCUUCUUUUAAGAAGUGUGAGUUUCAAACACGAGCUGUAUUUUUUUAUUGUUCUAUGCCUGUGCUAAAUGUGGCUUGCUGUACUUGAAGCUCUGGAGCUCUACUCCCCUUUAACAAAGCACUUAAAGGGAAAAUAGGGGGAAACUGAGCUACUGAGCAUGUUUGUGUGUGCCACCACCGGAAUCAAAUUAAACAAAUCUUUUUUUUUAAUGUUACAGUGCAUCUGCUCACAACAAUGGCUUUUUUUGGCAAUCAAAGCUUAAUAAUAACAAACUAGUAAUGGACUGAUCCCUCUUGAGCCCAAUUUACGUUGUUGUUCACUUUUGGUUAGUGAGUCACCUCCUGGUUCGUUUUACCAGAAGUAAAACAAUAGCUGGAUGAUGAAGCAUGUUGCUCAGAGAGGUCAGAAGUGAGUCACAGCGCAUGUGGCUCAUUGACGAGAGAGGAAUGUGUUUCUGAAAAUAAAAUGGCUUUUGAAAUGUAAAAAUAAUUUAUAGCUUACACUUAUAAUAAAUUGUUUGUCACCUUUUGAUUGUACUACUGAAUUC